AACGAGGGGAUGUCCCUUUGCAGGUUCUGGCCUGGGCUGCUGAUCACACUGGGCUCCCUCUGCCCGGGGGGUUCGCCAUGUGGCAUCUCCACACACAUCGAGAUAGGACACAGAGCUCUGGAGUUUCUCCACCUUCAGGAUGGGAGAGUUAACUACAAAGAGCUGUUGCUUGAGCACCAGGAUGCGUAUCAGGCCGGAGCCGUGUUUCCUGAUGCCUUCUACCCCAGCCUCUGCGAGAGAGGGCAAUUCCAUGACGUGUCUGAGAGCACGCACUGGACCCCGUUUCUGAAUGCAAGCAUCCACUAUAUCCGAGAGAACUACCCUCUUCCCUGGGAGAAGGACACGGAGAAAUUGGUAGCCUUCUUGUUCGGCAUUACAUCUCACAUGGUGGCCGACGUUAGCUGGCACAGCUUGGGUAUCGAGCAAGGAUUCCUUAGGACCAUGGGAGCCGUUGAUUUUCAUGGCUCCUAUUCCAAGGCGCAUUCGGCGGGUGAUUUCGGAGGAGAUGUGUUGAGCCAGUUUGAGUUCAAUUUUAAUUACCUCGCACGACGCUGGUAUGUGCCCAUUGAAGAUCUGCUGGAGAUUUAUAAGAAACUCUAUGGCCGAGAAGUAAUCACCAAAAAUGCAAUUAUUGACUGUUCAUACCUUCAGUUCUUGGAAAUGUAUGGUGAGAUGUUAGCUAUUUCCAAGCUUUAUUCCACUUACUCCAGAAAGUCUCCAUUUUUGGUGGAACAAUUCCAAGAAUAUUUCCUGGGGGGACUGGAUGACAUGGCUUUUUGGUCCACUAAUAUUUACCGUCUGACGAGCUUCAUGUUAGAGAACGGGACCAGUGACUGCAACCUGCCUGAGAACCCUCUGUUCAUUGCAUGUGGCGGACCACAAGCCAGCACCCAGGGCUCCAGAGUGCAGAAGAAUGAUUUCCAUAGGAAUUUGACUGCAUCCCUAACCAAAGAUGUUAGGAAAAAUAUAAGCUAUACUGAAAGAGGUGUGCUCUUUAGCGUGGAUUCCUGGACCUCGGACUCCCUUACUUUUCUGUACCAGACUUUGGAAAGGAACGUACGCACAAUGUUUACAGGCAGCUCCCAGCAUUCAUGGAAACACGUCUCCAGCCCCCUGGCAUCUUACUUCCUCUCUUUUCCCUACACAAGACUCGGCUGGGCAAUGACCUCGGCUGACCUCAACCAGGACGGGCUCGGGGACCUGGUGGUGGGUGCCCCGGGCUACAGCCGCCCCGGCCACACCCAGGUUGGGCGCGUGUACCUCCUCUACGGCGGCGAGCUGGGCCUGCCCCCCAUCGACCUGGAUCUGGACGAGGAGGCCCACGUGACCCUGGAGGGUUUCCAGCCCUCAGGUCGGUUUGGCUCGGCCUUGGCCGUGUUGGACUUCAAUAAGGACGGCGUGCCUGACCUGGCCGUGGGAGCGCCAUCGGUGGGCUCUGAGAAGCUGGUGUACACGGGUGCGGUGUACGUCUACUUCGGCUCCAGACAAGGAGGAAUGUCUUCUGGCCCCAACAUCACCAUCUCCUGCCAGGACACCUACUGUAACUUGGGCUGGACGCUGGUGGCUGCAGACAUGAACGAAGACGGCGAGCCCGAUCUGGUGAUGGGAUCCCCUUUCGCACCAGGUGGAGGGAGACAGAAGGGCAUGGUGGCUGCAUUUUAUUCCGACCCCAGCUGGAGCCACAAAGAAAAGCUGGGCGUGGAGUCGGCCAACUGGACGGUGCGGGGCGAGGAGGACUUCUCCUGGCUCGGCUACGCCCUCCACGGGCUCCGCAUGAACAACACAAGCGUGCUGCUGGUGGGGAGCCCAACCUGGAGGAACACCAGUAGCCUGGGCCACCUGUUCCACGCUCAUGACGAGAAACAGAGCCUCGGGCGGGUGUAUGGCUAUUUGCCCCCACACCGCCAAAGCUGGUUUACCAUUUCUGGAGACAAGACGAUGGGGAAGCUGGGGGCUUCCCUGUCCAGCGGCCAUGUGCUGGUGAACGGGUCCCAGAAACAAGUGUUGCUGGCUGGAGCCCCGACUCACGAUGAGGUGUCCAAAAUGGCAUUCCUGACCAUGACCUUGCACCAGGGCGGAACCACUCGGAUGUAUGAACUGACCCCCGACACACAGCCUUCUCUGCUCAGCACCUUCAGCGGGGACCGCCGCUUCUCUCGAUUUGGUGGAGUUCUGCAUUUGAGUGACCUGGAUGGCGAUGGCUUAGAUGAAAUCAUCCUGGCAGCCCCCCUGAGGAUCACGGACGUCACCUCCGGACUGCUGGGGGGGGAAGACGGCCGUGUUUAUGUCUAUAAUGGCAAACACAUCACCUUCGGUGACAUGACGGGCAGAUGCGAAUCAUGGAUAGCUCCGUGUCCUGAAGAAAAGGCCCAGUACGUACUGGUUUCUCCUGAGGCAAGUUCAAGGUUUGGGAGUUCUGUGGUCACCGUGCGGUCGAAAGACAAGAACCAAGUUGUCGUUGCUGCUGGAAGGAGUUCUUUGGGAGCCCGACUCUCCGGGGCACUGCACGUCUAUAGCUUCGACCUCCAUUAA